UUUUGUGAUUGACAGCUGGGACAGACGCUCGCAAGUAUUCUGGGUAUUGUAGUUUCAUUGCUGUCAUCCCGAGGUUUCAAACCCGGUAGCGUGUGGUCGGCAGCUUCUUUGUGUCUGUCGCUGCUGCAGUCGGAGGAUGUCAUUCUUCGUAAGCCUCAUCGGGAUCUGUGCAAUUACUGCUCUUCUUCUAGCAGCGUUUGCUCCAUAUAUCAGGAGGUGUGCUGCUGGUGGUGUGUGUACGUCUAAUGCAAGGCUAGAUGGGAAAACUGUGGUGAUUACAGGGGCAAACACUGGCAUUGGAAAGGAAACUGCCAGGGAUCUGGCACAGCGAGGUGCUCGAGUAAUAUUAGCCUGCAGAGAUUUGACCAAAGCAGAGGCUGCAGCCCAAGAUAUUCGUGAAGACACUGGAAGUAAACAAGUCAUUGUUCGAGAACUGGAUUUAGCCAAUACCAGAUCCAUAUACCAGUUUGCUGAAAAUAUCAUUAAAGAGGAAAAAGUGCUCAACAUUUUAAUCAACAAUGCUGGAGUGAUGAUGUGUCCCUUCAUGAAGACGUCUGAUGGGUUCGAGAUGCAGUUUGGUGUAAAUCACCUUGGACAUUUCUUAUUGACCUUCCUGCUUCUGGAUCACCUUAAAAAAUCAUCACCUGCUCGUAUCAUUAACCUUUCAUCCUUGGCUCAUGGCUUUGGCCGAAUCAAUUUUAAGGAUUUGCAUAGUGAAAACAGCUAUGAUGGGGGUUCGGCCUACUGCCAGAGUAAAUUAGCCAACAUACUGUUCACCCGAGAACUGGCCAAACGUCUGAAAGACACCAAAGUCACAGUGAACUCUGUGCAUCCAGGCUGUGUCCGAUCAGAACUAACCAGACACUCCAGCACUUUGGCUCUGGUAUGGAAGAUUCUCACUUUUCUCAUCAAAACACCUAAAGAAGGUGCUCAGACCAGCAUAUACUGUGCAGUCACUGAAGAACUGGAUGAGGUUUCUGGCAAACAUUUCAGUGAUUGUCACCUGGCAUCUGUGGCUCCACAGGGUAAAAAUGACGAAACCGCCAAAAAACUAUGGGAUGUCAGUUGCAAGCUUCUUGGAAUUCAGUGGGACUGAGUUCUCAAAAGAUGGAAAUGGAAGGAAGCCAAGAACAAGGUUGAUUCUUUCUGACUCUACUUUGAGAGUGAACUUGAUUAAGUUGACAUGUACCAUUUAGCGUAAUCUUCAGCAGCCAUAUCUUUGGCAGUUUGCCAGAACAGUUAUUCUGUCAAAAUGUAAACUUAUGAUUAAAUUGGGGGAUAGCAGGACAGCGCAGCUCGAAGGGCUGUAUCUCAAUAUGAGCUUGUGAAACUAUUGACAGUUCAUUACUUGCUGCAGUCAGCUAUAUUCAAGUUAUACUUUAUCUUAACCAUAAAGCAAUGCUGUUUAUUAAAGGUUUUUAUAUGCAAGAUGAGAAGCAUAAGUGUUAAGUAGGUGAAAUAAAGUAAAUUUAAAUAUCUUCUGAGGUAUGCAGUUUCUUCAAAUUAUGUGUUGAGUUAUUCAUGGUGUCAGAAUGUCUAAUCCAGAAGGCGUGCAUUUAAGGUGAGAGGGGAUAAGUUCAAAGGAGAUGUACAGGGCAAGAUUUUUUUUAAAAACAGUGGGUUCCUGGGGUGGUGUUAGAGGCAAACAUGAUGGGACAUUCAAGAGGCUCCUGGACAGGCACAUGAAUGUGCAUGAAAUAAAAGGUUAUGGUCAUUAUGUAGGCAGAAGGGAUAAAUAUUGUGGUCACACCACUGAGCAAAUGGUCUUUGCUUGUGUUGCAUUGUUCCAUUUUCUAUAUAACUCAAUAAUUGAUACAUGACAAUGGACAGAAGAAUAAUUCAUCUCUGCUUCAGAUUAAGAAUAGCAGCCCUCAAAACCCUGCAGCCUGCAUUCUUGCAGAUGAGUGAAAUCACUGGCACUUACCCACUUAAGUGAUGAUCAAUUUGGCGACUGUUACACUGAAAUCUCAAACAGAUUAAAAGCACCAAACUUGCGAGUUUGCUGUUUCUUGGUUCCACAUGGAGAAUGUGAGACUUCAAUAAGUUUUAUCACUCGAGUGAAUUUAUAAAUUGCCAGCUAAUGUACUGUUUACUCAGGAACACUGGAGAUAGAAAGCCUGGAGAUUGGAUCAAUUCACAACAUGCUUGGAACUCCAUGGUGCUCCGUAUCAUUUGACAAGGCAGACUUAAAGUCAAAUAAAAAUACUAAAUGUUUGGGUAACAUCAGAUUUAAAACUUAAAUUUAAAAUCACUACAAUAGCAUGAUAUAAAUUAACUCUUCAGAGGAGAGGGGAAAAUGUAUUUGAUGCACUCCAAAGUAAAAAUAAUGAAAUCCUUUGUCCCAGUGUGGUGUUUAGUGGCAAGCAUGCAUUAUUUUGCAGUGUUUCAAGAUGGCAAUUAAUAUUGUUCACCUUAUAUCCAUUAUCAGUGUUAAUAGACGAAUCAGUAUAGGAUUUAAACUUACUACAGUAAUUGUCAAAGACAAUUAGAUAAAUACUUGAAAGGGGGAAAAAUGCUGUAGUGAAUGGGGUGGAAAUGGAACCUUGUUGAAAGUACAUCACUGAUCUAACCCAACUAUUUUCUAAAGAAAUCUACGACUCUGCAAGAUC